CCCCCCCCCGUCUGCAGUCUCUGGUCAUCUCCUGUGCUGUGUCUGCAGUCUCUGGUCAUCUCCUUGCUGUGUCUGCAGUCUCUGGUCAUCUCCUGUGCUGUGUCCGCAGUCUCUGGUCAUCUCCUGUGCUGUGUCCGCAGUCUUUGGUCAUCUCCUGUGCUGUGUCCGCAGUCUCUGGUCAUCUCCUGUGUUGUGUCCGCAGUCUCUGGUCAUCUCCUUGCUGUGUCCGCAGUCUCUGGUCAUCUCCUGUACAGUGUCCGCAGUCUCUGGUCAUCUCCUGUGCUGUGUCCGCAGUCUCUGGUCAUCUCCUGUGCUGUGUCCACAGUCUCUAGUCAUCUCCUGUACUGUGUCCGCAGUCUCUGGUCAUCUCCUGUACUGUGUCUGCAGUCUCUGGUCAUCUCCUGUACUGUGUCCGCAGUCUCUGGUCAUCUCCUGUGCUGUGUCCGCAGUCUCUGGUCAUCUCCUGUACUGUCUCCGCAGUCUCUAGUCAUCUCCUGUACUGUGUCUGCAGUCUCUGGUCAUCUC